AUGUUAAGAAUAGCCAGUAGAAGAACUAAUAGCUUAAGAACAGCAUCACAAUUCAUAAGACAAUCAGUCAGAUCAUAUGCUGCUGUUCCUAAUGAUUCACCAGAAAACAGACCAUUGGUUACACCAUUAGGUAGACAACCACAAAAAUAUUCAUCAGAAAAUACUAGUUUUGGACCAACUACAUUUACUGAAAUUUUAGAUAAUGUUAAUAUUACUUGGGAUAAAAAUGAUGAUCCUGAUAAAUUAUCUAAACAAAAUACUAAAAUUCGUCAUUUUACUAUAAAUUUUGGACCUCAACAUCCAGCUGCUCACGGUGUUUUAAGAUUAAUUUUAGAAUUACAUGGUGAAGAAAUUGUUCGUAGUGAUCCUCAUGUUGGUUUAUUACAUAGAGGUACUGAAAAAUUAAUUGAAACCAAAACUUAUAUGCAAGCAUUACCAUAUUUUGAUCGUUUAGAUUAUGUUUCUAUGAUGACUAAUGAACAAGUUUUUGCAUUAGCUGUGGAAAAAUUAUUAAAUGUUGAAAUUCCAUUAAGAGCCAAAUAUAUUCGUACAUUAUUUGGAGAAAUUACUAGAGUUUUAAAUCAUUGUAUGUCUGUUUUAACCCAUAUUAUGGAUGUUGGUGGUUUAACACCAUUCUUGUGGGGUUUUGAAGAACGUGAAAAAUUGAUGGAAUUUUAUGAAAGAGUUUCUGGUGCAAGAUUACAUAGUGCUUAUGUUAGACCAGGUGGUGUUUCUCAAGAUUUACCAGCUGGUUUAUUAGAUGAUAUUUAUAUGUGGGCUACUCAAUUCGGUGAUAGAAUUGAUGAAAUUGAAGAAUUGUGUACUGAUAAUCGUAUUUGGAAAGAUCGUACCAUUGGUGUUGGAUAUGUUUCAGCUGAAGAUGCAUUGAAUUAUUCAUUAUCAGGGGUUAUGUUGAGAGGUUCAGGUGUUCCAUUUGAUGUUCGUAAAUCUCAGCCAUAUGAUGCUUAUGAUUUAGUUGAUUUUGAUAUUGCUGUUGGUUACAAUGGUGAUUGUUAUGAUCGUUAUUUGAUUAGAAUGGCUGAAUUUAGACAAUCUUUAAGAGUUAUUUUCCAAUGUAUUAAUGAUAUGCCAGAAGGUCCAGUUAAAGUUGAAGAUUAUAAGAUUUCUCCACCUUCUAGAGCUGUUAUGAAAGAAGAUAUGGAAGCAUUAAUUCAUCAUUUCUUGUUGUUUACUAAAGGUUAUGCUGUUCCAGCUGGUGAAACUUAUACUGCUAUUGAAGCACCAAAGGGUGAAAUGGCUGUUUAUGUUGUUUCUGACGGUAGUGAAAGACCAUACAGAUGUAAGAUUAGAGCCCCAGGUUUUGCUCAUUUAGGUGCUCUUGAUCAUAUUGCUAGAGGUAAUUUGUUGGCAGAUGCUGUUGCUAUUAUUGGUACUAUGGAUUUGGUCUUUGGUGAAGUCGAUCGUUAA